AUUCUCAAAGAUUAUAUUUCUGAUAGCUCUUAUAUAUCUUGAUUGUCUCAAUCCCCCUGCAACAAGGAAAAUGGCAGCAACUUCUUAUGAAAACGAGCACCCAGUGAAGGCCUUUGGAUGGGCAGCCAGGGACACCUCUGGGGUUCUUUCUCCUUUCAAGUUUUCCAGAAGGGAAACGGGCGAAAAGGAUGUGCAAUUCAAGAUUAUGUACUCUGGGGUAUGCCACUCCGAUCUUCACCAGCUCAAGAAUGAAUGGGGUAACACUACCUAUCCCAUUGUACCUGGCCACGAAAUUGUUGGUGUGGUGACUGAGGUUGGGAUCAAGGUCGAGAAAUUUAAGGUUGGCGACAAAGUAGGCGUGGGAUGUCUGGUCGGGUCCUGUGGCAAAUGUGAAAACUGUGCCAGUGAUCUAGAAAACUACUGCCCUGGAUGUGUACCAACUUACAACGCUUAUGGUACCGUGACAUUCGGUGGCUACUCUGACAUCAUGGUUGCUGACGAGCACUUUGUGGUCAGAUGGCCCGAAAAUUUACCCAUGGAGGCUGCUCCAUUGCUCUGUGCCGGAAUCACAACUUAUAGUCCCUUGAGAUACUUCGGACUUGACAAGCCCGGAAUGCACAUCGGCGUUGUCGGUCUAGGCGGCCUUGGCCAUAUGGCUGUGAAGUUCGCCAAGGCUUUUGGAACUAAGGUGACGGUGAUCAGCACCUCUGCUAGUAAAAAGGAAGAGGCUAUUGAACGUCUUGGCGCAGACUCGUUCUUGAUUAGCCGUGACCAAGAACAAAUGCAGGCUGCAAUGAACACAUUGGAUGGUAUAAUCGACACAGUUUCUGCAAAUCACCCUGUUGUGCCAUUACUGGGUUUAUUGAAAACUAAUGGAAAGCUGGUAAUGGUUGGCAUCCCAGAAAAGCCACUUGAUUUGCCAGUGUUUCCAUUGAUCAUGGGUAGGAAAUUGGUGGCUGGGAGUGGCAUUGGUGGCAUGAAGGAGACACAAGAAAUGCUAGAUUUUUCAUCAAAGCACAACAUAACACCGGAUGUAGAGAUUAUCCCAAUGGACUAUGUCAACACUGCUUUGGAACGUCUCGUGAAAGCUGAUGUCAAAUAUAGAUUUGUCCUCGACGUUGGCAAAACCCUGAAAUCUGAAUAAACAUUAAACCACAUUUGGGUUUAGAAAAGAUUUGUGGUCAUGGAAGUCUUUUGGAAAAGAAUAUUAUAUUUUUGAGAGUUUCUGAGUUUUGUAUUGUUUCAAUAGUAAUAAUGAGUGUGUAAUGUAAUAAUGUCCUAAAUUUUAUUAUCAUACUUAUUGAAUUUAUAAUAAAUAAAAGAUGGUAUUGUCAACUUA